UUGUGACAAUCAAUCUUUCUAUCUUAUCGUCUCUGAAGUGUUUGGUUAAAUUCGGCACAGAGUUUUAAGGGAAUUCCUGUAAAAGCAAGCGAGAGAGGAAGAAGAAGAAGAAGAGGGUAGAGAGGCUAGGAAAGGAAGGAACUAUUUAUUAGUUAUAAAAAUGGCAGGGAUGCUACCAGGGGUGGAGCUGGCUCGAAGGAGAAGAAUGAAUCAUUCUUCUCAUCAACACGAAUACGACCGUAACUGCCGAUCCGAUUCUCUCUUUCGGGAGCGUCUUCCACCGUCGAUCAUUGAGACCACCACCACAACAAUGGAUGCAACCACUCUCAUGGCUCGCAUGAGGCUCGAGGAGAAGCUCGGUAGCUUCCGUUCCAGGUGGAAUAAGCAACCUCAACCUCCUCCUGUCCAAGACAGAAGCUCCUCUCAUGUUCUUCGUCCGAGGCAGAUCAACACCAGUGCAACAAGAACCAGAGAAACAGAGGUUUGCAGGAGUAGUCCGCAACUAAGCCGGAGGAAUUCACAGAGAGAAGUUUGUUCGGUUUGCCUAGAUGAUCUGCAAGGCCAGAGGGAGGUUACCAACCUACCUUGUUCUCACAAAUACCACUCAGAUUGUCUUCUCCCUUGGCUUGCUUCCCAUUCGCAUUGCCCCUAUUGUAGAGCACUCGUUCACUUAUAAUGAUCCUUUUUAUCUAAUAAAUGGAAAGAAACAAAAAAAAAAAAAAAUCCCU